AUGGGUCGACCGAAGCGCGACAUACGUGCUGCUGCCGAGGAGUCAACUACGCCCCCGGCCCAACUCACGCAGUCGCAGUCGCUCGCCAGGGUGAUCAAAGCCGAGGGUAACAGCCUCUACAGCUGCUCUCUGCCCAACAAGCGUACCGUGCUCGUCGAGCUUGCAGCUCGCUUCCGCAACACGAUCUGGAUCAAACGCGGCGGCUAUGUCCUAGUAGAUCUGGCUGACCCCAAGGAGCAAAAGGGCAAGGUGGAGGGCGAGGUUGUAAAUGUCGUCCGCGACGAGAAGGAAUGGCGGAAGCAGAGUUUUUGGCCUAAUGAAUUUCCCCGAUCUACCUAUGAUGAUUCGGAGGACGAAGAAUCGACUGUGGGCCGGAUGCCGCCGUCAGAUUCAGAGGAUGAGGACUGA